ACCAAAGAUGGAGAGAAGGAUGUUGCUAAAGCCCUCCCGCCCGUGCAUGGCCAUGGAGGAAAACCAGGAGGUUUUGAUGUCAAAGCCCUUAGAGCCUUUCGAGUGCUGCGACCGCUUCGCCUGGUCUCUGGAGUGCCCAGUUUACAGGUGGUGCUUAACUCCAUCAUUAAAGCCAUGGUUCCUCUCCUUCACAUAGCUCUGCUGGUUCUUUUCGUCAUUAUCAUCUACGCCAUCAUUGGACUUGAGCUUUUCAUCGGAAAAAUGCAUGCUACCUGUUACUUUCAAGGGACAGAUAUAAUAGAGGACGAACCUGCUCCGUGCGCUGUUAAUGGUCAUGGCCGUACGUGCACCGUUAACAGUACAGAAUGCAAGGAGGGCUGGCACGGACCCAAUGGAGGCAUCACAAACUUCGACAACUUCAUGUUUGCCAUGCUAACUGUGUUUCAGUGCAUAACCAUGGAGGGCUGGACAGAUGUACUUUACUGGAUGAAUGAUGCUAUGGGGUUGGAGCUGCCAUGGGUGUACUUUGUCAGUUUGGUCAUCUUCGGCUCUUUCUUCGUCCUGAACCUGGUUCUGGGUGUGUUGAGUGGAGAGUUCUCUAAAGAACGAGAGAAGGCGAAGGCUCGCGGAGACUUUCAGAAGCUACGUGAGAAACAACAGCUGGAGGAAGAUCUGAAAGGUUAUUUGGACUGGAUCACACAGGCAGAAGACAUUGACCCGGAGAACGAGGAGGAAGAUGAGGAGGCCAAACGCAACCGGGUUACACUGGCCAGCCUAAUGGAGAAGAAGAAGAAAGGGUUUGGCUGGUUCAGCCAGUCCUCUGAUACUCAUGCAAGCAUGCCAGCGAGCGAGACAGAGUCAAUGAAUACAGAAAAUGAAAAAGGAGAGGACGAGAAGGCGACAUGUUGCGGCCCAACAUGUCAAAAAAUUUCAAAAUCAAAGUUCAGUCGGCGCUGGCGUCGCUGGAACCGGCUCUGUCGGAGGAAUUGUCGCUUGGCAGUGAAAUCAGUGCCAUUCUAUUGGCUGGUAAUAAUUCUGGUGUUCCUCAACACUUUGACCAUCUCUUCAGAACAUUACAACCAGCCAGAUUGGCUCACACAAGUACAGGAUGUGGCCAAUAAAGUGCUGCUGGCCUUGUUCACGUGUGAGAUGUUGGUGAAGAUGUACAGUCUGGGCCUGCAGGCUUAUUUUGUUUCUCUCUUUAAUCGUUUUGACUGCUUUGUGGUGUGUGGAGGCAUCACGGAGACGAUUCUAGUGGAGUUUGAGAUCAUGUCACCUCUCGGCAUCUCAGUGUUUCGAUGUGUGCGACUGCUCAGGAUCUUUAAAGUUACACGUCAUUGGGCGUCUCUCAGUAACCUUGUGGCAUCUCUGCUGAACUCCAUGAAGUCCAUCGCCUCUCUCCUGCUGCUGCUCUUCCUCUUCAUCAUCAUCUUCAGCCUCCUUGGAAUGCAAGUUUUUGGCGGGAAGUUCAACUUUGAUGAGACUCAAACGAAGAGGAGCACCUUUGAUAACUUCCCUCAGGCCUUGCUCACUGUGUUUCAGAUCCUGACUGGUGAAGACUGGAAUGCAGUCAUGUAUGAUGGCAUAAUGGCGUACGGUGGCCCAUCAUCAUCCGGAAUGAUCGUGUGCAUCUACUUCAUCAUCCUCUUCAUUUGUGGAAACUACAUUCUUCUGAAUGUAUUCUUGGCUAUCGCUGUGGACAACCUGGCAGACGCAGAGUCUCUGAAUACAGACAACGACGAUAAGAAGAAAUGUGAUGAAAAUGAGGAAAUUGAAGAUGAUGUCAAGGCUGGGGAGGAGGAUGAGAAGGACAAUGCAGAGGAGGAUGAAGACGAGCCGGAUGUUCCAGCAGGGCCCCGCCCACAGAUCUCAGAACUCGUUAAGAAGGAGAAAAUCACUCCAAUUCCAGAGGGCAGUGCGUUCUUCAUCUUUAGCAACACAAACCCAAUUCGAGUCGCAUGCCACAAGCUGAUUAACCAUCACAUCUUCACCAACCUCAUCCUUGUGUUCAUCAUGCUAAGCUCCGCCUCCUUGGCUGCCGAGGAUCCAAUCAGAAACUUCUCGGCCCGCAACAUUAUACUUGGUUACUUUGACUAUGCUUUCACGGCUAUCUUUACUGUAGAGAUCGUGUUGAAGAUGACAACGUAUGGUGCAUUUCUCCACAAAGGGGCAUUCUGCAGGAACUACUUCAAUCUUCUUGAUCUGCUGGUGGUCGGCGUGUCUCUGGUCUCUUUUGGAAUACAAUCAUCGGCCAUUUCUGUGGUAAAGAUCCUGAGAGUCCUGAGGGUUCUGCGUCCACUCAGGGCCAUAAACAGAGCUAAAGGACUCAAGCAUGUGGUCCAAUGUGUGUUUGUGGCCAUCAGGACUAUUGGAAACAUUAUGAUUGUCACCACACUGCUACAGUUCAUGUUCGCCUGCAUUGGCGUACAGCUCUUCAAGGGGAAGUUUUAUCGUUGUAACGAUGAAGCCAAGUCCAGCCCAGAGGAGUGCAAGGGAACGUAUAUAAUGUACAAGGAAGGAGAUGUGAAUCAGCCAAUCAUUCAGAAGCGCCAGUGGCACAACAGCGAUUACAACUUUGAUAACGUGCUCAUGGCUAUGAUGGCUCUAUUCACAGUGUCCACGUUUGAAGGCUGGCCAGCGUUGUUGUAUAAGGCCAUUGACUCCAACCGUGAGAACAUGGGUCCAAUCUACAACUACCGUGUGGAGAUUUCUAUCUUCUUCAUCAUCUACAUCAUCAUCAUCGCCUUCUUCAUGAUGAACAUCUUUGUGGGUUUUGUGAUCGUGACUUUUCAAGAACAGGGAGAGAAAGAGUACAAAAAUUGCGAGCUGGACAAAAACCAGCGUCAGUGUGUGGAAUAUGCAUUAAAAGCACGUCCUCUGAGAAGAUACAUCCCAAAGAACCCAUAUCAGUAUAAGUUCUGGUAUGUGGUGAACUCCACCGGCUUUGAGUACAUCAUGUUUGUGCUGAUCUUACUUAACACCAUCUGUCUCGCAGUGCAGCACUAUGGUCAGUCUGAGCUGUUUAAUUAUGUCAUGGACAUCCUAAACAUGGUCUUCACUGCUGUCUUCACUGUAGAGAUGGUACUCAAACUGAUCGCCUUCAAACCCAGGCAUUAUUUUACUGACGCAUGGAACACGUUUGAUGCCUUAAUUGUUGUCGGUAGCGUCGUAGAUAUUGCUAUCACUGAAGUCAACAACACAGAGGACAGUGCUCGCAUCUCCAUCACCUUCUUUCGACUUUUUCGAGUAAUGCGAUUGGUCAAGUUGCUGAGCAGGGGGGAAGGCAUUCGAACUCUUCUUUGGACCUUCAUCAAGUCUUUCCAGGCUCUGCCGUAUGUCGCUUUACUGAUAGCUAUGCUGUUCUUCAUCUACGCUGUGAUUGGCAUGCAGGUAUUUGGGAAGAUUGCUAUGGUGGAUCACACACAAAUCAAUAGAAACAACAACUUUCAGACGUUCCCUCAGGCUGUGUUGCUGCUCUUCAGAUGUGCAACAGGUGAGGCCUGGCAGGAGAUCAUGUUAGCAUGUAUGCCCGGGAAGCUUUGUGACCCAGAAUCAGACUAUAAUCCUGGAGAAGAGAUGACUUGUGGAAGCAGCUUUGCCAUUGUCUACUUCAUCACCUUCUACAUGCUCUGCGCCUUCCUGAUCAUUAACUUAUUUGUGGCUGUCAUCAUGGAUAACUUUGACUAUCUGACCCGUGAUUGGUCAAUUCUGGGUCCACAUCACCUUGAUGAAUUUAAGAGGAUUUGGUCAGAGUACGAUCCAGAGGCUAAAGGCAGGAUAAAGCAUCUCGAUGUAGUGACGUUGUUACGGCGUAUUCAGCCUCCUCUUGGCUUUGGCAAACUUUGUCCUCAUAGAGUCGCCUGCAAAAGACUGGUGGCCAUGAAUAUGCCUCUGAACAGUGACGGCACUGUCAUGUUUAACGCUACGCUUUUUGCUCUCGUGAGAACCGCGUUGAAGAUCAAAACGGAAGGUAACCUAGAACAGGCAAACGAAGAGCUCAGAGCUGUUAUUAAGAAGAUUUGGAAAAGGACGAGCAUGAAGCUUCUGGAUCAAGUGGUGCCCCCUGCUGGUGAUGAUGAGGUAACGGUGGGGAAGUUCUAUGCCACUUUCCUGAUACAGGACUACUUUAGGAAAUUCAAGAAACGCAAAGAGGAAGGCCUGGUGGGCGUGCAUCCAGCACAGAACAACACGGCAAUCGCACUGCAGAGAAAUGAUGGACUCUUUGGCAACCACAUCAACCACAUUAAUGGAGACCCGAGAAGAGGCUCUGGCCACCAGACAAACGCAACACAGCGCCCCCUACAGGUGCAGCCGCCCCCGCAUUAUGCCCACAUGGAACAACCUGUGGGGCGCUUGGGCCGCGCCAAUGCCAUGGCGCAGCAAAACCACCAUCGCCACCACCACCAUCAUCACCACCAUCAUCAUCACAAUUCCUACAAGUCGCCCAAGUCUACCAACAUCAACCUCAACAAUGCCAAUGUUUCCAGUUUACCCAAUGGAGGACACAAUCGGUACUACGAGCAUAUGCCUCCUAACGGCUACCCAGGAUCAUACUACAGAGAAUACGACAAGCCCAGGACCCCAAACGGGCAAAGAAGGCGCUACUAUGAGACGUAUAUUAGGUCACACAGCAGUGAGAGAAGACGACCAACAAUACGUCGGGAAGAGGAGUAUGAUGAAGAUCGUUACUCUGGCGAGUACUACAGUGGAGAGGAGUUUUACGAAGAUGACAGCAUGCUGUCAGGUGAUAGGUACCCCAGUAGUGACCAGGAGUAUGAGACACCACGGGGUUACCAUCAUCCUGACAGUUACUAUGAUGAUGAUGAGCAGCCCCUUUAUCAUGAUUCACACAGGUCGCCAAAGAGAAGACUGCUUCCUCCAACACCACAAGGGAAUCGGAGAACAUCGUUCAAUUUUGAGUGUCUACGCAGACAGAGCAGUCAAGAUGAUCUUCCUCACCAGCGUACUGCUCUUCCCUUACAUCUCAUGCAACACCAGGUGAUGGCAGUAGCAGGUCUAGACUCCAGCAGGGCUAACAGGCUUUCACCUACACGAUCUACCAGAUCAUGGGCGUCACCUCCACCCACUCCUGCAAGUAAAGAUCGAACGCCCUACUACACGCCACUCAUCCGUGUAGACCGCCCUCUAAGGGACAGUGCCAGCAGCAGUCACUCCUCCAUACGGAAAAGCUUGUGGUAUACAGACGACCCUGAAUACCAGCAGAGGAACUACUCACCCGUUCACCUGCAGGUCCCACCUGAGUUCAGACACCAGUACCACCAGAAGAGAGGCAGUGCAACCAGCCUGGUAGAGGCGGUCUUGAUAUCAGAAGGCUUGGGUCGAUACGCCAAGGAUCCGAAGUUCGUAGCAGCCACGAAGCACGAGAUUGCGGAUGCAUGUGAGAUGACCAUCGAUGAGAUGGAGAGUGCCGCCAGCCACCUCCUGAAUGGCGGCAUUGCGCCAGGAGUCAAUGGUGUUAACGUGUGUCCCAUACUGGGUCACAGAGACUACGAGCUACAUGAUGUCUCGGCUAGCUAUAGUGAUGAUGAACCAGAGCCAGAACUUCGACCGCGGUACGAGGAGGACCUGGCGGACGAAAUGAUAUGCAUUACCACUUUAUAG